CUAGUCUUUGUCCUUAAAAUGAUAUAAAGUUCAAGAGUCAGACAGGAAUGAGAAUAAAAAUGAUCAUCACGUGGCGAUAAAGGUGUUUAAUAGGCCUCCAUACCCGUUAUUAGCUUUCAGAUAAGAAAAUAGGCGCGCCACGCCGAAUCGCCGACGCAAUUGAGCUUUUCCAACUGCCUUCGUACCAGCAGCAAAGCAAUUCGAACUUUCCUAAAAAGAAAAAGAAGCAAAAAGGUUUAAGCAGCGAGUUGCCGAGAAAGACACUUUUUUUUUUUUUUUUCUCUUGUCAACUUUCUUUUUUAUUGCGAUUCGCAAUUGCAACGGGUAUAUUAUCCGCUAUGAGAAUUCGAAUUCGCCCGCCCUUGUUCAACUAAAAUCCUCUUGUGUAAAUACUGUGCAGCGAAUUUUCGAAGUAUCAAUCACACACAUACACACCUCUCAUAUAUACUACGUCGACAUAUUUUUCUUAUUUUUAUUUUUCUCCUUUUUUUCUAAUUUUCUAUUGGGAGUAAACUUAUAAACACAAAAAGUCUACCACCACCAAUGCGCAAUGGGUAAAAAGAAUAAGAAGCCCACAGCGGGCGAAUCUCCUACCAUGGAGGCGCAAGCUGCAGUAGCAGAGUCCUCGAUUGCACCCCCAACAGCGAAUAAGAAGAAGCCAACUUCUCCUGCGCCUCAGUCGUCCUCUUCCUCUUCUGCGCUCGUGAUUUGCCGAAAUAAGCACUGGCGCUACAUAUCCUCGUUUCAUGGACCAUGGCUACAGCUACCGCUCGAAGUCCUCGAGACAUUAGCCAAUGCGAACUACUACAUGCCCUUGCCGCGCCCUGUCGACCCAGCAGUAUUUUACGACCUGGUGAAGAUCAGACAGCUUGUGGACGGCGCCACCGAUCUGGCUGUGCGCGCUGCGAACGGCGUCGCAUCCUCGACUUUAUCUAAUUCGCUGGCAGGAGGAGCCGCGCAUCAUAUGCAGGCCUUGGGACUCGGGUUUGGGAACAAUGCCGGCGCAAAGCUUAGCCCGGAGCGAAAAUUCCGGAUGAGGGAGCAAGCCACCCAGAAAUUGUCGCGCGCCUAUCAUCUGGACGAAAUAGCUUCGAGCGUAGCGACGAUGCAGUCGACGUCAACUUUGGAAAACGUCGCCAGUCUCGUUUUACAAAGGGCGCCCGAGGAUCCCGAUGCUAACUACGUUCAUUUCUUCCAUGAGAAGAUCCCGUCGAGACAGCUCGCCGAAUGUACCGACUUCCGCGCGUUGGAUCUUAUAAUAGGACAACGACCUUCUGAUUGCGAGCCCCUGAGGACUCGCGCUGUCGUUCGAAUGUUUAAAGAGGAUUUCGAGGGUGCAGUUCGAGAUCUUACCUCUGCGCUAGGCGUAUACCGUCUUCAGAAGCCGCGGCACAAACCAGCGUCAGACGAGUCUACGCAAUUAGAUCAGAUAACCAGGCGGCGGCGAGAUAAUCCUCCUCUUGACGAGAGAGAUCAACCAAGCAGUAUAGAAGUGCAGCUUCUAUUCCAGCGGGCUGGUUGCUACCUUACUUUGGCUUGUGACCAUGUUCCGCUUGCGCUCCCCGAUUCGCCUAUCGCGCAGAAUACGACUUCGCAGAACGGUACCAACGGGGCUAGUAAUGGCAAUACUAAUGGCGGCCCGGCAUCACCACAGGGGGGAGAGGACCUAGAGAAUAAAGGUCCAUCUAAGAAGUUACUGGAAGCGCGUAAGGCAGUACGUGUUUACGCGAAGCGCGCUCUGCGGGAUUACAUGGAGUAUCUCAAACACUUUCAUUAUUCACCUAACUUACCUAUUGAGAUAUCAGAUGAGUUUAGUCGCCAGGUAAACCAGGCGACUCAUCGUAAUAAGAGAUACUACAAUCAAUUCCGCCAUGUUUCUCAGGACCCAAGUAGCCCCACGGGAACCUCGCCUAGCCAUACAGUGUACGAGAUAUCCUCCCUCUUCUCAGCCACACCCCCGGCCGAUCUGCCGCCAUAUCCUUCGACGGAGCUCGUAUCUCAAGGUAGCGUUACUAUGGAGUCAAUUCAGACGACUACCGAAGUGGUUACUUACCAUCCGUUACUGACUGACGCGCUACAUUCGUUGCUACUGUGCCAUACCCUUAUCCAGACCUCGGCAAAAGAGUUGCAGCGCCAUGCACACAUGGUCGCGCGGCUUGCUCGUCUUGCCGAUGGCUAUCCAAUUUUUCAGGCGAGCAGGUCUCCUGCCCGGGCAGAUUGGAUCGAGGUGCUCCGACGGGCCGAAAACUGGAUCGAACUCUCAUCGACUUGGGAGGCUCUUUGCGCCCCUGCCCCACUGCCGAUUCCCGUUUCAACAAACGGGGUAUCUACCGCGACCGCAAGCGUCAACGCUCUAUCCAUAACGGGCGGCACGAGCUCCUCUGAAACCGAGGAGCAGCGGAAGGAGCGAAUGCGCCAGCAAGCUAUCAUCGAGGCUCUGGAAGAUGAGCGUGUCAACGACGAGGCGAGCUUUAAGGCUGCGAUCAUCGCCCGCCAACGUAGAGCGGAGGCCGACCACGCAAGCACUACCAACGGUGGGGUUCCUAGCCCGCACGCCGGCCCGAAGCGGUGGGCCGUGGACGACGGAAGGGAGUACCCGAUUCUCACGGAGCGCGCGGAAGCGGUCGCGCGUUGGAUCCGCGAGGCUCCGACGGGAUCCGGCACCGGGAGUAGCAAACGCAAGAAGAAGCCGAGGGCGGCGAAGCCAGCCCCCGCAUACGACAGACCGGAGACUACGGGUGAAGUCUGAACGAUCACACAGACAGCACAGAUACACACACACAUACACAUUCAAGACUAAGAAAAGCGCCCUUUAUGCAAGCAGUGGAAGAGCUGUUUGAAUAAUAUAAAGCAGCUAGCGGUAUCAAACACACAAGACUACGUAGUCGUAAAUAUUCCCAAAAGGCGAUGCUUCGUGUGAGUCUGUCCUAUCGUAGAUUAAACCAUGUGAUCCGGCUUUAAAUUGU